AUGUUUGCCUUCAGCGCUUCUCGCAGUAGCAUACGCUACAUAGGAAGCGGACGCUCGCAGCUGAAACUCAACUCGCGGCAGGUUCAAACUCGAUCGAUGGCCUUUUUUCAGAGUAUCACAGAUUCCUUCGUCACUCUGCAUGAGGUCAGCGCCCUGCCUUGGCUGGUAUUGAUUCCAUUGAGCAGUUUUGGACUCAGAACCCUGUUCACACUACCACUAAGUAUAUGGCAGCGUAAGCGCAUCGUAAAACAACAGGAGUUGCGUAAAGUGGUGCAGGCUAUACCACCAGUUGUUAAACUCCGACUAGCAGCUGCAACACAGCAAAGUCAAUCGCGCAACAGGAAAGACACAAAUUUGGUGCAAAAGCCGGCUUUAACGCCAGAUCAAAUUACUCUAUUAGCACUUAAGGAAACAAGAAAUCGCCAGAAAAAACUGUUUGCUGCGAAUAAUGUGGCCCUCUGGAAAAAUGCGAUUCUGCCAAUAGUCCAGAUUCCUUUAUGGGUAUCUGUUUCCAUGGGGCUACGAAAUUUGGCUGGGCAGAGAUUACUAGACUCGAACCUGCCGCAUGUGCCGCCUAUACAAGAAUUCAAAACUCUGGACUUUCUCUCUCAAAUUUCCAGCUUAGACUUGAGUUUACCUUUAGACAGCCUGCCCAUGCUCGCGCCGCUCGUUCUAGGCACAUUGGCUUUGAUUAACGUAGAACAUAACGGGCGAAUGAUGACCGCAACCACCUCGGAAGCGAUGGGCAUCAAACAGGCUCCAAAUCCAAACUCGAAAGUUUCGCAAAGUAUGCAGAGCAUUCUGAAUAUAUCAAGAUUGAGUUGCAUCUUCUUCAUGGGAAUCUCUUCGCAGGCUCCCUUGCUACUGUCUGUAUACUGGAUCAGCUCGCAAUUGUACUCCUUACUACAGAAUGCAUUCCUCAACUGGCUGUGGCCUUAUCAAAGAUAG